CUCUCGAAGCGACAGCAAGCUGUUCUACGCCUGUUCACCGAUCGGUCAGAGUAAACGCGGUGUGCGCGCGAUCCACGCAUCCCAGACAAACGCGUGCAAAAACCUGCUGACGGCUGCGGGCAACGACGGUAUAGCAUCAGAAAAUUAUACACUGGCGACAAAUUUCAGUGCUUGAUUUCGACCGACUGCAAACAAGUGGAUUCAACAAACCGGAUCGCUUACGAGCACGACCGUCAACGCGUCAGAAUCUGCAACCAGAAGAAGAAUCAGAUGUACGCGAGCCGCGCGGUGGCGGUGCGCUCAAGUCAACAAGCAGCAGAUCAGUUGCAAUGCAAAUAUCGAAUGAAAUUUCUCACAACCACGCAGUGUUCUACUGAAAACGUUUUUUGAAGGAUGGUAAGGAUAGCAGCGUGUUCAAGUGACCCGGCGGCGUAUGGUUAAUGUUUCGGUGUUGAUCAAACGGGCAAUUUUCCGCUUUUUUGCCAGUGAAAGUGAUUGCUGGGAGUAAUACAGCUGAAAAGUCAAGUGGUUAUUCGUGAAACAUCGGAUAAGUGAAGUUGAAUGGAUACGAUUUUCAGCCAAUCACGAUACGGUCACCCCGCGGUGGUGAAAUGUGAUAUAAAUCCUCAUUGUGGCUAUGAAUCAUAGGGAAGAUUUUGCCUAACGGAAAGUGGCAAAUAUUUGUGUUCUGUUGGUGGGCUUGUAAAAGCGGGCGAUGAUUAUUUACGUUUAGGAGGUAGAAAUGUAAAACAUGUAUCUAAACAAGUGGAGCUUCUGGAGUCAAGAAUAUCGCUGUCACACUUGCAGGAUAUUAUUGCUCUUUUUCAUUUUAAUUUUUGACCUUGUCAAUGGCAUGUACUAUUCGAACCACCAACGGACAGAAGCACUCAGCUCAAGGCCCUCUCCGCCGCAACCGCCAGAUCCUCACAUCGUGACGUCAAUGUCAAAGAACGCUACAGUGCGGCGGGGUGAUCCAGCCUUUCUGAGCUGUGUCGUCGAAAAUCUGGGCAAAUACACCGUGUCCUGGAUAUCACAAAGUGAUCUGCGAAUACUCACAAUAGAUCGCGUUACGUACACCGCAGACGAGCGGUUCCAGUCCCUGCACAGUGCGGACACGAACGAGUGGAUUCUGCACAUCAAAUGGACCGAGCGGAAAGACACCGGUAUCUACGAGUGCCAGAUUUCCACGAUGCCUGUGAGGAGUUUAGCGCUCUAUCUGAUCGUACUAAAUGAUUCCGAUCUCGUACGAAGACAAGACGACAUUCUGUACGACAUACCAGUGCCGACCAGUCUACCGAGUCUAUCAGAAGCGAAACGUAAUAAUUCCAGUGGCAAUAGUUACAACAGCGGAGACAUUUAUAACCGGAUGUAUUCGGAUAGAGAUUACAUAUAUUUAACAGCAACUACGCAAAUCGUGGAAGGAACUAUGAUAUAUGCAUACAAAGGUGAAAAUCUUAACCUAACGUGCAUCAUAAAUCACAACUACGAUCGUCGGCCGAAUCAUGUUAUAUGGUAUCACCAGAAUGAUAUCGUUUCCUACGACUCGUUGCGCAAGAGAGAUAAAACGCAUUUGAACAGUAUCACAUCCUACCACGUGAUACGAAACGUCGACUUUGACGACUCUGGCAAUUACACGUGCGCUCCGGAAUUAUAUGGCGCUGCCAGUACCAUCGUUCAAAUUUUGGACGAUGACGAAGCACGAGGUGUGAUAGCCGGAAAUCUAGCCGGGGCUGGAAAUGGAUAUCUUUCGAGAGUAACACCACUGGUGGCUAUACUAGCCAGCAUGCUGAGUUUAUGCAUAUUUUAUUGUCACCCUGACAAAGCGCGAUAAUGGCUGUAUACUUCGAUAUCAAGAUUGUAAAUAAUUUAACACCUUAGG